GUGGCGCAUGCACAUGCGCAUGUACAGAUAUCGACGACAAAUAUCGAUAUAAUGUGGCGCAUGCACAUGCCACUAUGCUGCUUACCCUUGUUUUCAUUUGCUAUUAAAUGCUCCCGCAGUCGUCUUCCUUCUCCCCCUCUGUCCAUUUCCUCUCCCACGCAACUCCACAGCCAUGUCUAGCAGCCACACUGCAGUCUGCUCCAUGUGCGGCGACGUCGGCUUCGAUGACAAACUCUUCCGCUGCGUCCGCUGCCGCUCUCGCUUCCAACACUCCUACUGCACCAACUUCUGCUACGAGGAGCCAUCGGAGACUGCCGGGGUAUGUGACUGGUGCCUGAGUGAGAGGUACGAGCUGCCUCACAAGAAGUCAGCAGGGAGGCAUGCUAUUCAACCCGCAGCCGGCAGACGGUCCGCUUAUGCCAAACGCAGGACCGGAAGGAGUGCUCCAGCUUCGAAGCCCACCGGUCGCAGGGUUUGUGACCGUUGUCUCCCUGCUGUGUACAAGAUGGACUACACAGAUAUCCACAAACACAUCAAACCAAUAAGAAACAGCGAAAAUUGUACUUAUCGGAAUCGUAAAUUAGUUGAUUUAAACAAUGAUUUCAUCCUGUGUGUGGUUAAACCUAUUUCCCAAGGAUAA